GUAACCGGCGGCAGGUGGGGAUCAGAGAAGGGGUGGGAGGAGGGAGAGAAGGGAGAGCGUGAACGGCGGCCUCAGCGGGUCUGGGCUUCCUUCCCGCUGUCAUCCUGCACAGACGAGGAGCCCAUUUCGCCCGUUCUCCUCACCCCCGCUCCCCCACUGUUUUCGCCCCCGCGGGUUGAGACGUCCACUGUUCUCGGCUUUGGGGGUAAAUUAACACAAUGGAUUUCUCCAAGCUACCAAAAAUACGUGAUGAAGAUAAAGAAAGCACAUUUGGUUAUGUGCAUGGGGUCUCAGGACCUGUGGUUACAGCCUGUGAAAUGUCAGGUGCAGCCAUGUAUGAGCUGGUGAGAGUGGGCCACAGCGAGUUGGUUGGAGAGAUUAUCCGAUUGGAAGGUGACAUGGCUACUAUCCAGGUGUAUGAAGAAACUUCUGGUGUGUCUGUUGGAGAUCCUGUACUCCGCACUGGUAAACCCCUCUCUGUAGAACUUGGUCCUGGCAUUAUGGGAGCCAUUUUUGAUGGUAUUCAAAGACCUUUGUCGGACAUCAGCAAUCAGACCCAAAGUAUCUACAUUCCUCGAGGAGUAAAUGUGUCUGCUCUUAGCAGAGAUAUCAAAUGGGAUUUUACACCUUGCAAAAACCUACGGGUUGGUAGUCACAUCACUGGUGGAGAUAUUUAUGGAAUUGUCAAUGAAAAUUCUCUCAUCAAACACAAAAUCAUGUUACCUCCACGAAGCAGAGGAACUGUAACUUACAUUGCUCCACCUGGAAAUUACGAUACCUCUGAUGUUGUCUUGGAGCUGGAAUUUGAAGGUGUAAAGGAUAAGUUCAGCAUGGUACAGGUAUGGCCUGUACGUCAAGUUCGGCCUGUCACUGAGAAGUUGCCUGCCAAUCAUCCUUUGUUGACUGGCCAGAGAAUCCUUGAUGCCCUUUUUCCAUGUGUGCAGGGAGGAACUACUGCAAUCCCGGGGGCUUUUGGCUGUGGAAAGACAGUGAUUUCGCAGUCUCUGUCCAAGUAUUCCAACAGUGAUGUAAUCAUCUAUGUAGGAUGUGGUGAAAGAGGAAAUGAGAUGUCUGAAGUCCUCCGCGACUUCCCAGAGCUCACAAUGGAAGUUGAUGGUAAGGUAGAGUCAAUUAUGAAGAGGACAGCUUUGGUAGCCAAUACCUCCAACAUGCCUGUGGCUGCCAGGGAAGCCUCUAUUUAUACUGGAAUUACAUUGUCAGAAUAUUUCCGUGACAUGGGCUACAACGUCAGUAUGAUGGCUGACUCCACCUCUAGAUGGGCUGAGGCCCUAAGAGAAAUCUCUGGCCGCUUAGCUGAAAUGCCUGCAGAUAGUGGAUAUCCUGCAUAUCUUGGUGCCCGUCUGGCCUCUUUCUAUGAGCGAGCAGGCAGGGUGAAAUGUCUUGGAAAUCCUGAAAGAGAAGGGAGUGUCAGCAUUGUAGGAGCAGUUUCUCCACCUGGUGGUGAUUUUUCUGACCCAGUUACAUCUGCUACUCUUGGUAUUGUUCAGGUGUUCUGGGGCUUAGAUAAGAAACUAGCUCAACGUAAGCAUUUCCCCUCUGUCAACUGGCUAAUCAGCUACAGCAAGUAUAUGCGUGCCUUGGAUGAGUACUAUGACAAGCACUUUACAGAGUUUGUUCCUCUGAGGACCAAAGCUAAGGAGAUCCUGCAGGAAGAAGAAGAUCUAGCAGAAAUUGUACAGCUUGUGGGAAAGGCUUCUCUAGCAGAAACAGAUAAAAUCACUCUGGAGGUAGCCAAACUUAUCAAAGAUGAUUUCCUACAACAAAAUGGAUAUACUCCUUAUGACAGGUUCUGCCCAUUCUACAAGACAGUUGGGAUGCUGUCCAACAUGAUCGCAUUUUAUGAUAUGGCCCGUAGAGCUGUUGAAACCACUGCCCAGAGUGACAAUAAAAUCACAUGGUCCAUUAUCCGUGAGCACAUGGGGGAGAUCCUCUAUAAACUUUCCUCCAUGAAAUUUAAGGAUCCAGUGAAAGAUGGUGAGGCAAAGAUCAAGGCCGACUAUGCACAGCUUCUUGAAGACAUGCAGAAUGCAUUUCGUAGCCUUGAAGAUUAGAACUGUGAUUUCUUCCUUCCUUUUCCUCAGCAAGCUCUCAUAUGUGUAUAUUUUCCUAAAUUUCCCAUCUCAAACCUUUCGCUGCUUUACUGUGCAGCUUUGAGACUAGUGCAGCUUUAUGCCUCUUAUCAUUUGUUUCCCUGUUUAUUUUGUAGGUCUUAUACAAAACAUUCCUUUGUUCCAGUGUUCCUUUCUCCAAAGUGGUGAAUGUAGAAAAUAUGAUAUACAAUGGCUACACUACUGUAAAUUUGUAUGUAGGCUGACGUCCCUCCUUG